CCGGAAAACAGCUGAUGUCAUGGAAAGGACGACGCGCGACGGAUAAGGGAAAUCCUCCUCUCGUAAGUGACUCGAUCCACUCUCUGUAUAGCACGGCAAGCCCCAGCAUGCUGAAGAGGAAACAGAGCUCACGGGUCGAGGCCCAGCCCAUGACUGACUUCGGGCCGGAUGAGACCCUCGCAGACAGCGCUGACAUCUUCUGGAUCAACAAACCAUGGGUGCACUCCCUGCUGCGGGCCUGUGCCAUCAUCAGUGUCAUCUCUGUGUGUAUGAACACCCCUAAGACAUUUGAGCAUUACCCUCCACUGCAGUAUGUGACGUUCACGCUGGACACACUGCUCAUGUUCCUCUACACCGCCGAGAUGAUCGCCAAGAUGCACAUCCGAGGAAUCAUCAAGGGGGAUAACUCUUAUGUGAAAGAUCGUUGGUGUAUGUUUGAUGGAUUCAUGGUGUUUUUCAUCUGGGUGUCCCUGGUGCUGCAGGUGUUUGAAAUAGCAGAGCUUGUGGAUCAGAUGUCUCCAUGGGGAAUGCUGAGAAUCCCCCGAGCACUCAUUAUGAUCCGGGCCUUCAGGAUCUACUUCCGCUUCGAGCUUCCUCGCUCCCGAAUUACCAACAUUCUGAAGCGAUCCGGGGAACAGAUCUGGAGUGUAUCUAUCUUCCUGCUGUUUUUUCUUCUGCUCUAUGGAAUUCUGGGUGUUCAAAUGUUUGGAACGUUCAACCAUCACUGCGUCACUAACGAUACACAGAAAGAUAAUGUGACAUGGAACAGCUUGGCCAUCCCAGACACCCAUUGUUCCCCUGACGGAGAAGGUUACCAGUGUCCUCAUGGCUUCAAAUGCAUGGACCUGGAAGAGCUGGGCCUCAGCCGACAGGAGCUUGGUUAUAGUGGCUUCAAUGAACUAGGUACGAGUAUCUUUACUGUAUAUGAGGCUGCUUCACAGGAGGGUUGGGUGUUCCUCAUGUACAGAGCCAUCGACAGUUUCCCUCGCUGGCGCUCCUACUUCUACUUUAUAACUCUCAUUUUCUUCUUGGCAUGGCUUGUCAAGAAUGUGUUCAUUGCAGUCAUCAUUGAGACAUUUGCUGAAAUCAGAGUGCAGUUUCAGCAGAUGUGGGGGUCAAGGAGCAGCACCACCUCUACUGCUACAACACAGAUGUUCCAUGAAGACGCUGCUGGGGGAUGGCAGCUUGUAGCAGUGGACGUCAACAAGCCACAUGGCCGAGCGCCUGCCUGCCUCCAGCAACUGAUGCGGUCCUCUGUGUUCCACAUGUUCAUCCUGAGCAUGGUUGCUGUGGACGUCAUCGUUGCUGCUAGCAACUAUUAUAAAGGCGAGAACUACCGCAGGCACUAUGAUGAGUUUUACCUGGCAGAGGUUGCUUUCACUGUCUUAUUUGACCUGGAAGCUCUUUUGAAGAUCUGGUGUCUCGGUUUCACUGGCUACAUCAGCUCCUCUCUGCACAAGUUUGAAUCUCUGCUGGUGGUGGGCACCACGCUGCACAUCUACCCUGACCUCUACCACUCCCAGUUUACCUACUUUCAGGUGCUACGUGUGGUACGUUUAAUUAAGAUUUCCCCAGCGCUGGAGGACUUUGUGUAUAAGAUAUUUGGUCCAGGUAAAAAACUAGGCAGCCUGGUGGUGUUCACAGCCAGCCUUCUCAUUGUCAUGUCGGCCAUCAGCCUGCAGAUGUUCUGCUUUGUGGAGGAGCUGGACCGUUUCACCACGUUCCCCAGGGCAUUCAUGUCCAUGUUCCAAAUCUUAACCCAGGAGGGCUGGGUAGAUGUCAUGGACCAGACUCUGGUGGCUGUAGGUCAUAUGUGGGCUCCGGUAGUAGCUAUUUACUUCAUCCUCUACCAUCUGUUUGCUACCCUGAUUCUGCUCAGUCUUUUUGUGGCCGUUAUCUUGGACAAUCUGGAGUUGGAUGAAGACCUGAAGAAGCUCAAACAGCUCAAGCAAAGUGAGGCCAAUGCUGACACCAAAGAGAAGCUCCCUCUACGACUCAGGAUCUUUGAAAAGUUCCCCAACAGACCUCAGAUGGUGAAGAUCUCCAAGCUCCCUUCAGAUUUCACUGUGCCCAGGAUCAGGGAGAGUUUUAUGAAGCAGUUCAUUGAUCGGCAGCAGCAGGACACAAGUUGUUUGUUCCGGCGUCUUCCCUCCGCUUCAUCCUCCUCCUGCGACCACUCCAAGCGCUCAGCCAUUGAAGACAACAAGUAUAUCGACCAAAAACUUCGCAGGUCAAUAUUCAGUAUACGAGCUCGUAACCUCCUGGAAAAAGAAACUACUAUCAAUAAAAUCCUGCGGGCUUGCACCAGACAGCGUAUGCUAAGUGGAUCUUUUGAGGGCCAGCCAGCCAAAGAACGCUCUAUACUCAGUGUCCAGCAUCACAUACGGCAGGAGCGCAGGUCUGUCAGCUCACACACACACACACAAAAAGUGUUGAAUAUCUCCAUUGUCUCUUCUGUGACCCAGCAUACCAGUACCGUGCGCUACCGGAAUGCCCAGAGAGAGGACAGCGAGAUCAAGAUGAUCCAAGAAAAGAAAGAACAAGCAGAGAUGAAAAGAAAAGUCCAGGAGGAGGAACUGAGAGAAAAUCAUCCUUACUUUGAUAAGCCUCUCUUCAUUGUGGGUCGGGAACACCGCUUCAGGAACUUUUGCAGGAUGAUUGUUCGAGCUCGCUUCAAUGCAUCCAAAACUGACCCCAUAACAGGAGCAGUGAAGAACACCAAAUACCACCAACUGUACGAUCUUCUGGGCCUGGUCACCUAUUUGGACUGGGUGAUGAUUGUAGUAACCAUCUGCUCCUGCAUCUCCAUGAUGUUUGAGUCACCCUUCACCCGGGUCAUGCAAGUCCCCACACUGCAGAUUGGGGAGUAUGUGUUCGUGAUUUUUAUGAGCAUCGAGCUCAACCUGAAGAUCAUGGCCGAUGGUCUGUUCUUCACCCCCACAGCUGUCAUCAGAGACUUUGGAGGCGUCAUGGACAUCUUUAUCUAUCUUGUGAGUCUGAUCUUUCUGUGCUGGCUGCCUCCUGACGUCCCUCCUGAGUCUGGGGCUCAGCUGCUGAUGAUGCUGCGCUGCCUGCGUCCGCUCAGGAUCUUCAAGCUGGUGCCCCAGAUGAGGAAGGUGGUGCGGGAGGUUCUCAAAGGAUUCAAAGAGAUUUUCCUGGUCUCCAUUCUGCUCCUGACACUAAUGCUGGUGUUCGCAAGCUUUGGAGUUCAACUGUUUGCCGGAAAGCUUGCCAAGUGCAACGACCCCACUAUCCUUAAACGGGAGGACUGUCAAGGUAUCUUCCGAAUAAACGUCAGUGUUUCCAAAAACCUCAACCUGAAACUGAGGCCCGGGGAGAAGAAACCAGGUUUCUGGGUACCAAGAGUCUGGGCCAACCCUCGUAAUUUUAACUUUGACAAUGUUGGAAAUGCCAUGUUGGCUCUGUUUGAAGUGCUGUCGCUCAAAGGCUGGGUGGAGGUCCGAGAUGUCAUUAUUCACCGUGUUGGACCGAUCCAUGGCAUCUACAUCCAUGUCUUUGUGUUUCUGGGAUGCAUGAUUGGACUCACUCUAUUUGUAGGAGUCGUCAUUGCAAACUUCAAUGAGAACAAGGGUACUGCUCUGCUAACAGUGGACCAGAGAAGAUGGGAGGAUCUGAAGAGUCGACUGAAAAUAGCUCAACCUCUCCACCUGCCCCCUCGCCCAGAGAAUGGUGGCUUCCGGGCCAAGAUGUAUGACAUUACUCAACAUCCCUUCUUCAAACGGGGUAUUGCUGUGCUGGUGCUGGCACAGUCAGUGCUGCUCUCAGUCAAGUGGGAUGUGGAUGAUCAAGUAACAUUUCCCCUUGCCACCAUGUCAGUAGUCUUCACCUUUAUAUUUGUACUGGAGGUGACCAUGAAGCUGAUAGCCAUGUCUCCAGCGGGUUACUGGCAGAGCAGAAGAAAUCGCUACGACCUGCUGGUCACAUCACUGGGUGUCAUCUGGAUAGUCCUGCACUUUUCCUUGCUGAAUGCUUAUACCUACAUGAUGGGCACAUGUGUGAUUGUCUUCAGAUUCUUCACAAUAUGUGGGAAGCAUGUGACGCUGAAGAUGCUGCUGUUGACUGUGGUAGUCAGCAUGUACAAGAGCUUCUUCAUCAUCGUGGGCAUGUUUCUCCUCCUUCUCUGCUAUGCAUUUGCUGGCGUUGUUCUCUUUGGAACUGUCAAAUAUGGAGAGAACAUCAACCGGCAUGCCAACUUCUCCACAGCGGGCAAGGCUAUCACCGUUCUCUUCCGAAUUGUCACAGGGGAAGAUUGGAAUAAAAUCAUGCAUGACUGCAUGGUGCAGCCACCGUUCUGCACCCCAGAUAAACAUCGUUACUGGGAGACCGACUGUGGCAACUAUGCUGGAGCGCUCAUAUACUUCUGCUCUUUCUAUGUCAUUAUAGCCUACAUCAUGCUCAACCUACUUGUAGCCAUUAUCGUGGAGAACUUCUCUCUGUUCUACUCCACCGAGGAGGACCAGCUGCUGAGCUAUAAUGACCUGAGGCACUUCCAAAUCAUCUGGAACAUGGUGGAUGACAAACGGGAGGGUGUGAUCCCGACAUCUAGGGUGAAGUUCCUGCUUCGUCUGCUCAGAGGCAGGCUGGAGGUGGACCUGGACAAAGACAAGUUGCUGUUUAAACACAUGUGCUAUGAGAUGGAGCGACUUCACAGUGGAGGAGAUGUGACCUUCCAUGAUGUGCUCAGCAUGCUGUCAUAUCGCUCAGUGGACAUUAGAAAGUCUCUCCAGCUGGAGGAGCUGUUGGCCAGGGAACAGCUGGAGUACACUAUUGAAGAAGAGGUUGCCAAGCAGACCAUACGUAUGUGGCUCAAGAAAUGCCUCAAACGCAUCCGGGCGAAGCAGCAGCAGUCGUGUAGCAUCAUCCACAGCUUGAGAGAGAGCCAGCAGCAGGAGUUGAGCCGCUUCCUCAACCCCCCCAGCAUAGAGACCACCAUGCCAAGUGAGGACCACAAUACUAACAACCCAGACAACCCCUCACAGCCUGAGAUGAGUGGUCUCCAGCAGUUACUGAGCCCCACGUUGUCAGACAGAGGAGGCUACAGGCAGGACUCUUCAGACCUGGGGAGACCACAGAGGAAGCUGGGACAGUGGCGGCUUCCUGCAGGUCGCACAAGUGUCAAGUCCAUAGUGUGUAAAAUGAACCCUGUCAACGAUGAGGCUUCUUCGGGGUCAGAGGUGAAGAAGUGGUGGACCCGUCAGCUGACUGUGGAGAGCGAUGAGAGCGGCGACGACCUCGUCGACAUUUAGAGAUGAGAUGCAGCACAUCCUGCCGUUUUUUUAUAGAAGAGCUUGGUGUCUUGCUGGCUGACUCAAGUUGUUUCAUUUCCCUUCUCCCCCUGCCCCAUGAAAACAAAGCUUUUUCUAAUCCUUUCUUUAUAUCCAGGUUUAGAACUGUUCAGAAAGUGUAUGCCUUGUGCCCAGGUAUCUGUGAGACAUUUGUUGCAGGCAGCCACUUUUGACACACAGUGGCGAUUUCAUACCCCCGGGAUAAGUAUUACUUUUCCUCUGUGAUUUUCACUCCUUAUGUUUGCUGAAGUUUUCUAUGCAGGCACAUAUGUUGUUAAAGCAGACUAUGACAGGAAAGUUUAUGUUGGAUUUAUGAAACGAACCAAGACGCUGCUGCUGUAUGUGUUUUCUACUGUUCUUCUGUAUCACGUCAAUGUUUGAAACCUGGAAUUGUGCUGAUGCAGCUACGAUAAUUUAAGAUGUCCUUUCAUGUCAAUGCUUCGUCUCUGUUCCUCUGGUUCAGUCCAUGUUUCUGAUAAUGUCUCUUCUGGUCUUCAGUAUUAAUCAAUUUUCUUAUUCAGUAUAAAUAUCGAUUUUCUUAUAGUCACUUUAUACUUAAACCAGGAUACUUGUUCUUGUUGGUUGAACAAGCAACUGUGAAUGUAAUUAAAAGUUACAUCUAUCAUAUGUAUUUGUGUGGAGUUAAAAUAUGAAAUAUUUUGUAAAUUAUUAUAAAUCCUGAGCUUUAUUAAGUAUUCAGUUAUUCUAAUA